CUUCAUCGCGAACUUCCCAUCUACCUUUACCCUCCUCAUUCAUAGUUUACCGAUCGCCUCGUUUGCUACUUUAGAUGGUCUCAACGCUCCCAUACUGACCUACUCAGUACUUCAGCCCGCUCCGGCACAACCAAACAUCAAUAUGGCUGACGAACCCCGUAAACGAUCGCGAUUCGACCAGACCGAGGCCGAACCAAAGCGCUCCCGUUUUGAUCGCCGCUCGCGUUCACCUCCCUCCCGAACCUCCACCCGGGAUGUCCGAAGCCGUAGUCCCCUUCAGUCAGGAGCUCGAGAUAUUGGUAGCGCUAGUCCCGCUGCAAAGAAAGACCCUGGUGCCGCCGCCGCAGCUGCAGCUGCUCGAAUUAACGCACAGAUUCAGGCGCGCAAGGCUACAGAGAUACAUAACACAGGCGACUCUGCGACCCCACCCUCCGAGCAAUCCGCCGUAGUAAAAGCGCCAGUGAACAAGGCUAGCGCGAGCGUCCCCGGAGAUAUCUACACGCAAGAUGGCGAUUACAUCAAGGAUAUCGAGAUCAACGAUCUCCGUAAUAAAUACACGCUGACCAAGGGAGCUACUCAGAAGAUGAUCAAAGAAGAAACUGGCGCCGAUGUCACAACCCGCGGGGAAUACUAUCCCGACAAGAGCUUGGCUACUGCUGCUAGCCCCCCACUCUACCUACACAUCACGAGCCUUAGCAAAGAAGGGCUAGAGAAAGCCAUUGGGAAGAUCGAUGAGUUAAUGAAGCAGGAGUUGCCCAACUUGGUGGACGAGCGACGUCUCCGCCGCCGCGAGCCCGACCCGGUUGAGCGUGACGAGCUUGGAAGGCGUAAAUGGCCGGAAGAGCGUAUCCCAAUUGAUCUUGAACCCAUCCCUGGAUUCAAUCUCCGAGCCCAGGUCGUCGGACAUGGUGGAGCUUACGUCAAGCACAUUCAAGGCGAGACGCGGUGCCGUGUGCAAAUCAAGGGCCGAGGAUCGGGGUUCAUCGAGCACAACACCGGCCGAGAAAGUGACGAACCGAUGUACUUGCAUGUUGCAGGGCCUGAUGCAAACGAAGUUCAGCGCGCGAAAGAGCUCUGUGAAGAUCUUCUCGACAACGUCAAAAAGCAGUACGAAUCUUUCAAGGAGCGUGGCGGUUCCCAAUCUCACGGCAACUAUAACGGCCAGCGUAGCUACGGCAGCUAUGGCAGUCAGGGUGGACAAGGCGGACAAGGCGGACAAGGCGGCCAUGGUGGACACGGCGGCCACAGAGAUGCCCAGUCGCCUCCCCAAGCUGCCGCCGCUAUGUCACCUCCUGGAGCUGCAGCUAGCACCUCGAGUGCCGACUACGCCGCGCAAUAUGCCCAGUACUACGGCGGGCAAGACCCUUAUGCUCAGUACGGCGGCUAUCAGAACUACAUGACCAUGUGGUAUCAGUACUACGGCCAGGGCCAACCGGCACCGGAUGGCACACAGCCAGCUGUCGGGGCAGGGUCUGUCGCACCUGGAACCGGUGCUCCUCCCCCGCCGGUUGAGCAACCGCCUCCUCCGCCUCCUGGAGCACCGGGAAUGUCAGCACAGCCUCCACCGCCGAGUGGGAACCCGCCGGGUGGAUAUAGUGCGGUUCCACCGCCGCCCGGAAUGUAGAUCAGGUGACUUGAGACGAGCUAUCAAGGGGCCGACUUCAUCAGGUAAUAUCGAUGCGACAGACGCAGAUGGUAUACCAUUCACAUUGCACCCCUUUUCCACCGUGAAUGUUUCUGGUCUAGGAGCAACGCUGGAAAAGCGUGCGUUGGGUUUCAGUAUUUGUGGUAUUCACGCGCACGGGCCGACAAUGAGUCUAAUUAGUUUAUUCUCUGUAUUGUAUAAGUGGCCUAUAUUGGCUUGUUUAGUAUCUUCCCAUGAUGCCAUCAUCACUAAACCCUUUCAGC